AAGAAGCUCUUCACGCAUCAGUUCCAAUUCCCCGCAGCCACAGCAGCCACAGCCAGCUCCUCCUCGUCGGCAUCGUCAUCUCAACCAAAGGAUACCAGCAACAAGGACGAACACGUACCCCCGGGGUACACCAAGCUCCCGAAUGGAGUCAUCCUCGACAAAGAAGGCAAACCAUGCCGCCUCUGCACCUCCGCCGCCUCCUGGCGCGCCCUAACCCAAAAAGCCAAAGCCACUGCCACACCCACACCAUCCACCUCCUCCACCACCACCACCACCACUCCCUCAAACCCCACCGCCCAAAAAUACGGUCAAUGCCCCCCAGACGUCGAAGAACUAGGCCGCUCUACCUGGACCUUCCUGCACUCGCUGACGGCCUCGUACCCGGCGCAGGCCUCGCCGGAACAGCAGACGGAGAUGCGCACGUUCCUGGGCAUCUUCUCGCGGCUGUACCCGUGCUGGGUGUGCGCGGACGAUUUCCGUACCUGGAUGGCCGAGCCCAGCGGGCAGAACGCGCCGCGGCUGGCGGGGCGGAAGGAGUUCGGGGACUGGAUGUGCCGGGCGCACAACGAGGUGAAUCGGAAGCUGGGCAAAGAUGAGUUCGAUUGUCGGUUCUGGGAGGAGAGGUGGCGCACGGGGUGGAAGGAUGGGCGGUGUGAUUGA